AUGUCGUCCGCCCCCGUCAACCCCAAGCCGUUCCUGCAGAUGCAGACCGGCAAGCCGGUCGUGGUGCGCCUGAAGUGGGGCAUGGAGUACAAGGGCUUCCUGGUCUCGACGGACAACUACAUGAACUUCCAGCUGGCCAACGCCGAGGAGUUCCAGGACGGCAAGUCGAACGGCAUGCUGGGCGAGGUCUUCAUCCGCUGCAACAACGUCCUCUACCUGCGAGAAGUGACUGAAGGCUCAGCCUGA